AUGCUAGUUACACGGUCGAUCGUUCCAGAAGCGAGAGAAGAACUCGGGGAAGAUUGCGAUCCAGCCCUCGGAGAAUCUGCUUGCAACGACCCGAACGCAGAGUGCGUCGGACCCGACGGCUUCACGACAUGCGAUUGCAUCGCUGGACACUUAAACGAAGCAGGGACAUGCAAGGUGCCAGAAGGAGGAUGGUGCAUAAUGGCCGAAGAAUGUGUGAGCAACGCCGAUUGCGACGAACACAUAUGCACGUGCAACCCAGGAUACAUCCCGGAUGGCAGCGGUCAAUGCAGAAGGCAAGGAGCACUCGACGAAGACUGCGACCCACUCAUGGGAGCCUUGGCGUGCACGGACCUAAACGCGGAAUGCGUGGAUGCCGGGGCAGGCUUCACAACCUGCCAGUGCAAAGCUGGAUACGUGAACGACGCUGGGAUUUGCAAAAGGCAAGGUGCUCUCGAUGAAGAAUGUGACCCACUCAUGGGAGCCUUGGCUUGCUUGGACCCAAACGCGGAAUGCCUCGAAGCCGGAGCAGGUUUUGCGACCUGUCAGUGCAAAGCUGGACACGUGAACGACGCUGGGAUUUGCACGGAUGCGGCGCUCGUUUUAAUGAAAUGUGCAAGUAGCAGCCUUGUGGAAGUGCAUGACUUGCGAGCGACGCGAGACAUUCGAAAGGCUGCAGAGCCUUUCGCCGCGACGGGAAAGCAGUUGAUCCGCCACUCCGCGAUCGUUCCAGGAAGGCGGGGAGAACUCGGCGAAGAAUGUCAUCCAUCCCUCGGAGACUUGGCUUGUUUGGAUCCAAACGCAGAAUGUCUUCAUGUAGGAGCGGGCACGAUCUGCCGGUGCAAAGUCGGAUACGUGGAAGACACGGGGAUAUGCAUGAAAGAUGGCCAGGUUCGUGACCAGUCGGGUUCGGUCUGCUUUUCAUCGGCUUUCCUCUCCCAGGGCUUCCAAUCCUGGGUGAAGGAUGUUCGCCCGAGACGGGAUGCGAAACGCCGAAUGCGGAAUGCUCCGGGUGGACGUGCGAGUGUACGCAGGGCUUUCUCCAAGACGGGUCGGAAUGCAGUUCCGACGAUCACUGUCAUCUCCUUAGUACUGGAUGAAAACCCGGAAACCGGCGAAGGAGGGUUGGGAGAUCCCUGCGACGGAGACGAAGACUGCAACGAGGAUCAAAAUCUAGCAUGUAAUUUGUCCCUCAUGAAAUGCGACUGCGCCGACGGUUACGUCUUCGAUACCGACAUUCUCAUGUGCGUGACCGGGGGCGGCGGACUGGGGGAUCCAUGCUCCAAUGAUUCGGAUUGCAACGGAAACCUCCACUACCACUGCGACGAAGAGGCGCAAAUUUGCACCUGCGCCGAUGACUAUGAGCUUGAUUUGGAAACCCUCCUCUGUGAGAGAAUUCUCGGCGGUCUGGGAGACGAGUGCGAGAAGAACGAGGACUGCAACGGAGAUCUAAACUUGAAAUGCGACGAGGAAUUGAAGAAGUGCAAUUGCAGGGAUGGCUUCUCUCUCGAUCCCGAAACACUCCAGUGCGUUCCGUCGUCCAGUUACUACUGA